GAGGUUCCAAGCUAACCGUAUCGUAGCCAAGUUUCAACGCUCCGAAAAUUUAGGUCUUCUAUCCAUUGAUCUAAUUAAAUUAUGGAGCAGUGAUUGAUAUCUGGUUCAAUCUGAAGAUUCAAUCACGUCUUGAAAUUGAGAGGAGUUGCUUGGUAGCUGAAAGAUGUCUGGGAUGAUGCAUCAAAAUGUGAUCAGUGUAACAUUAUAUUUCCUGUUUGUACUUUCGUGCCUACAGAUGACUUCGGUUCUAUCAGCACGUUAUUCUGGUAGCAGGGAUAUGAAUGUAAAUCAAGGGAAGCGUAAGACUCAGCGAUUACAGCCACUGAUUCGCUUCAGAGGUGACACAUACCAUCACCCUGCUUCACAUCCCGAGUUCAAAUCAACACAAGAAGAAGAAGAAAUAAGAACAGCAAGCGUGAUCCUUCCUCUGGACGAGAUCCUCUUACUUUUGAGGAAGAUGAGAACUAAUUCAAUAGCCACUGACACCUAUACCGUGAGAUCAAUAUACUAUGGAAUAAAAUAAUAGGAAU